AUGAAAACGAAUGUGAAAUUGUUGGUAUUUCUAGUGUUAUUCAGUUCUCUAGUGGCGUUAACAUCAUCUCAAAGUCGUUACCGCAAUCAGCGUGCCUCAUCAAAUCGUAACAGAUCCUCGAACCGUAAUCGAGCCAACAAUGAACCAGUUGAGCAAGGCAGAACUUUGGGUCUUAUACGACCUCUAUUGGGUCUUGGUCUAAGUACCAUUACAAGGCCAUUUUCACCGUUUGGGUUUGAUGCACCCAUUGCAGCAGCUGAUCCCUACAGACCGUCCUCAACAUCUGGAGGAGCACAAUCAGACAACUAUGGUGGAUACGGCGGCUAUGGCGGAUACGGUGGCUAUGGCGGCUACGGUGGCUAUACACCCAGCUAUUAUGGUGGAUUUAAUUUGUUUGGUGGUUAUCCAGCAUACAGACCAAAUUAUGGUGGUUAUCCUCAACCUUUCUAUGGCGGUUAUAGACCUAGACCUCAAGUCUAUCCCAGUAAUUAUGGCGGCUAUAACCAAUACAAUGGCUAUGGUGGUCAACAACGACCUCUUUAUAGUAACUCCCGACCCAGCCCAAUUGCUCAGCGUCCUAACGUGGGUCAACAACAACAACCAGGCCUUAAUAGUUUGAGUGCCAUAUCUAAUCCUUCUUCAACCCCACCAGCGGCUGGCAGUGGCUCUGCAAAUCCUCAAGCAGCCCAAGUAGCCAACUUAUUGGGACAACUUUUGGGCCAGCAAUUACGUCCACUUUUAAAUCAGGGCGCUGCAUCCCCGGCUCACGAUGUUCCUGGCGUAGCACCGAGUAGUUUGGAAGACAAAAGUUAUAGAAGCCGCAAUUAUUAUGGUUAA